CUCUGGUUGUUGUUGGAACGCGCCUCGCUGUGAAGGAUCCAGCCGGCGUCAGUGGGGUCUGUGCUGGCUGCGUGGAUGUGUGCAGCCCCCCGGACCUGGUCGGUGGGAGGGGAAGAAGUUUCCCCCAAAGACAACAAGCUUUGGAUCGCUGAGAAAGACGAUGCCUUCCUCCUCUCGCACGGACUCACGAGCUGCUCUCUGGAUUUGCCGAGUUAUUCUUCUCUUUCUCUAAGUUCUUCAGCGAGACGGUGGAGAUAUAUUGAGUUGGAGGAUGCUCCCGCGGGUCAGCAGGAUCCUUUACGUCAUCUUUUUCUGCGUUUUCCACGGUGGCUUACUCAGACUGAGCUCCUGCAAGGAGGAGAUAAAGCCCCCCAGCAGGGCAGGACCACAGCUGUCGCCUUCUGACUUCCUGGACAAGCUCAUGGGAAGAACGUCAGGAUAUGAUGCCCGCAUCAGACCCAAUUUCAAAGGUCCACCUGUGAAUGUCACCUGCAAUAUUUUCAUCAACAGCUUUGGGUCCAUCACCGAAACAACAAUGGACUACAGGCUGAAUGUAUUUCUGCGACAGAAAUGGAAUGAUCCCCGUCUGGCCUACAGCGAAUACCCCGAUGACUCCCUCGAUCUGGACCCGUCCAUGUUGGACUCUAUCUGGAAGCCUGAUCUUUUCUUUGCAAACGAGAAAGGAGCCAAUUUCCACGAGGUCACCACCGAUAACAAGCUGCUGAGGAUUUUCCAGGAUGGCAGUGUUCUAUACAGCAUCAGGCUGACUCUUACCCUGUCCUGCCCCAUGGACUUGAAGAAUUUCCCUAUGGACAUUCAGACCUGUACCAUGCAGCUUGAAAGCUUCGGCUACACCAUGAAUGACUUGAUCUUCGAGUGGCUUUCUGAGAGCCCAGUGCAGGUGGCUGAUGACCUCACUCUUCCGCAGUUUGUGCUGAAAGAGGAGAAGGAUUUGGGCUACUGCACCAAGUACUACAACACAGGCAAGUUCACCUGCAUUGAAGUGAAAUUCCACUUGGAGCGUCAGAUGGGCUACUACUUGAUCCAGAUGUACAUCCCCUCCCUCCUGAUUGUCAUCCUCUCCUGGGUGUCUUUCUGGAUCAAUAUGGACGCGGCACCAGCCAGAGUGGGCCUGGGCAUCACCACGGUCCUGACAAUGACCACUCAGAGCUCAGGGUCAAGAGCGUCACUGCCCAAGGUGUCCUACGUGAAGGCCAUCGACAUUUGGAUGGCGGUGUGCCUUCUGUUCGUCUUCGCCGCCCUGCUGGAGUACGCAGCCGUUAACUUCGUCUCAAGGCAACACAAGGAAUUCAUCAGGCUGAGGAAAAAGCAGCGACAGCAGAGAAUAGAAGAGGAGCUGGUUAGAGAAAGCAGGGGUUUUUACUUCCGCGGUUAUGGACUGGGUCAUUGCCUGCAGAACAAGGAUGUUGCCACAGUGGAGGGGUCCACCGUUUUCACCCCUCCGCCUCCUCCCGUCUCUGCCUGUGACGGGGAAGUUCUUCACAAGCGGUUUGUGGACCGGGCCAAACGCAUUGACACCAUAUCAAGAGCUGUUUUUCCUCUGAGCUUCCUGAUAUUCAACAUCUUCUACUGGAUCACCUAUAAAGUGCUACGACAUGAGGACAUCCAUGCAAACUUGUAAAUCGCUCCUCACUUACGUGAAGACGUUAUUGGAUUUGAUGGAUGGUGACAAAAUGGGUCAGAAGCGCUUGUGCUUCGUCAGAAACAUCGGGAUAAACUUGUGCUCAGGUGCGUCUUCAGGAUCUCGCGUGACUUAGCCUGAAGGACGAGUUAAAGCUGCGUGUUCAGGUUGUUGUUUUUCGACUGCUCGCUCGUGUCUAUCUCGGUCUGGUUUGUCCGGAAAACAUCUGGUUGGUUCAUGACCUGUCACUUGACUCCGCUGCGAGUCCAGUGAGGUCGACCCUGACUUACAGUGACAUACUGACUUGAAUUUGAAUGAAUGUUUUUGAAAAUUACAAUUGAAACAAUUUUUUUUUCUUUUUUUUUUUUACAACAUUGGUUUA